GCGAAACUCAUCACGUGACAUUGCCGACUGCUUGCUUGCCUUUCCGUUCACCUUCAUCGAAAGCAGUGAUGGCCUUCGGCGACUACCCUCCCGAAUACAACCCUAGGGUCCACGGACCUUACGACCCGUCUCGCUACUACGGAAAACCGGACACUCCCUUUUCGGAGCUGCGACUCGGCGAGAUUCCAUCCUGGCUGGCCAGGCGGGACAAGAACCCGAGGGCCUUUGCUGGUCUCUGUAGUAGGGCAUUUUGGCGCUGGCAGAUGAAGUACGUUCAGCCCAAGUACGCAGGCCUCACGCCACUGAUCCAGUUUUGUGUGGCCUCUUCGCUGCUUUUCUACUAUCUGAACUACGGCAAGCUCAAGCACGAGCGACACUACAAGUACCACUGAGAGGCCGAAGUUACCUUGUAGGACAGGUCAUCGUUAAUUGCGCAGGUGUCCAAGGUUCUAGGAAUGUAUUGCGAGCCAGAAAUAAAGCACUAGAAAAAGCAUU